AUGCCUCACAACGUGCCCUGGGAAGUGUCCGUGAAAGACCACCCCGGAUCCCCGGAGCAGGACAUCCGGGACGAGCCCGAUUGGAUCCAGCUGCAGUCCCACGCGAUCGGAUUCAAGAACCGCGAUGGCCGCCGGCCGGGACUCACCCACUUCGAGCGCGACCAUGAAGAGGAGGUUGAGGCUGCCCGACGUCUCCGCGAGGAGCUGCACCACAAGAUAGAUCUCGGUAGCCUCGUAAACUUCCGCGAUCUAAUUCAGGACCAGCCUGACUUCCACCUCCGUCACCCGGAGAACCGGUCGCUGGGCUGGCGGUAUGUGCUGGAAACGUCCGAGGACUGGGUCAAGAACAAGCAGAAAUGGCCCGCCAACAUUGAGAAAUGGGAGAAGGAGAAGCAGGAAGCGGAAAAGAAAAAGAAGGAAGAGGAGGGGAAGAGUAAGGAGCGCGGCAAGCAAGGCGAGGGUAAAUCCCAGGACGAGGAAAAAACGCCCGAGCUCACCCCUCAAGAACGCGCCCUGGCGGAGACAUUUCGGCGAGAAUCACGCUAUAUCGCCAGCCUGAAGCAGAACGACGGCAAGCAAGCAUCGCCCCAGACGCGCAAUCGAUCGUCCGUCACCAUUGACGAGCAGGACCAAUUCUCGCCCGACAACUGGCUGCCGCGCUGCCCGGACUUGAUCCGCCUCACGGGCAAGCAUCCCAUGAACGCCGAGCCUCCACUCAUCCGGCUCUUCGAAGGCGGCCUGAUCACCCCCAAUGAGUCGCACUUCGUCCGCAAUCACGGCUCCGUUCCACGCCUGCUGUGGGAAUUUCACCGGCUUGACAUCGAGCACAACGGAAAGACUCUCUCUCUCACCAUGGACCAGCUAAAGGAACGAUACAAGGACCGCUUCAUCAACAUCCCCAUCGCCAUUGCCUGCACAGGCAACCGGCGCAAGGAGCUGAACCUCCUGCGCAAAACAAAGGGCGCCAACAACGCCGCCAGCUCGGUCGCCUGCGCUUACUGGAAAGGCCCACUGGUCCGCGACGUCCUUCUCUCCGCCGGCGUCCCCGAGAAGCUCCCUCCCUCCCCCAACGGCACCCGAUACUGGGUCAACUUCGCCGGGGCCGACAGCCUCAGCGAGGGCGCGUACGAGACGUCCAUCCCGUUCGACUACGUCAUGGACCCGUCCAACGACGUGCUGCUCGCGCUCGAGAUGAACGACCUGCCGCUGCCGCCGGACCACGGCUACCCGGUGCGGCUGAUGGUGCCCGGCUGGGUCGGCGGGCGCUGCGUCAAGUGGCUGCGGCGCAUCUGGCUCAGCGACCGCGAGACAGAGAGCUACUACCACGUGUGGGACAACCGCGUGGUGCCGCCGUUCGUGCGCGACAAGGACGGCGAGCUCGCCGAGGCGCUGUUCCGGCACCCGAGCACCAUCUGCAACGAGCAGGUACUCAACUCGGUCGUGUGCAGGCCGGCGCACGGGGAGAAGAUCGCGCUGCGCGAGGUGGAAAAGGGCGCAAAGUACAGGGUGCAGGGGUUUGCGUACAAUGGAGCCGGGCACGAGGUGCAGCAGGUCGAGGUGUCGAUGGACGAGGGAAAAUCGUGGCUCUGUGCGGCCAGACAGUUUCCCGAGUAUCCGAUCCGGCACGGGAACAAGUUUUGGACGUGGCUGUUCUGGGAAGUCGAGGUCGAGCUCGCCGAUCUAGUGCGCGCGCCGAGCAUCAUGGUGAGGUGCUGGGACACGCUCAAGAACACGCAGCCGAGGGAAAUGAGGUGGAACAUCCUGGGGAUGAUGAACAACGCGUGGUACACCGUCAAGACGGAAACACUACUUGACGGCGACGAAAGGACGCCUGCCGUGAUCUUCCGGCAUCCGACCGAGGCGGCUUCUUCGUCCGGCGGUUGGAUGCAGCCGUCCGAGGAACUCAGGAUUGCGCAGGCCAAGCAGGAGGCGGCGACGCCGCAGAAGCAGUUCACGCGCGAGGAGAUUGAGAAGCACGACAAGGAGGAUGACUGCUGGCUCGUGAUCGACAACAAGGUGUACGAUGUGACAAGCGUGCUCUCGUGGCAUCCGGGUGGCAAAGCGGCCAUCAUGGGACACGCGGGACAGUGCCACAGUGCCACGACGGAAGAGUUCUCCAGCAUUCACGACGACUAUGCGUACCAGAAACUCCAAGAAUGCAUCCUGGGCGCGGUGACGAAGAAGACAGCCAACUUCAUCAAGCAGACCGCGGAGAUCGCCGCCAAGGAGCGCGCCGAAAACGCCCAGCAACAAGGCGAGGGCGCCCGGCUAGCGCUCCAAAAGCACCGCUGGGUACCUGUGAAACUGAUCGACCGUCGCUCCAUCUCAAAGGACACGCGCACCUACACCUUCGAGCUGCCGCCCGGCAAGCCCGAGCUCGGCCUCGGCACCUGCCAGCACAUCCAAGUCGGCUUCCACCUGCAAGACAAGAUGCUCGUGCGGCCCUACACCCCAACCCGGCCCCAACCACCCACCCCUCCCGACUCGCCCACCUCCACCACCUCCACCGCCAACAACAACAGCAACAAACCGGCCACCUUCGACCUCACCGUCAAAACCUACUUCCCGACCGACGCCCAGCCAGGCGGCGCCUUAUCCAACCUGCUCGACUGCAUGCCGCUAGGCGAGGAAGUUGAGAUCCGGGGGCCGACGGGGGACAUCGUGUACGCGGGCGACUCGGAGUUCUUGGUGGCGGGUGCGGGCGGCGCGGGCGGCGGGGCGACGCGGCGACUGCGCUUCCCGCGCGUGUCGCUCGUGCUGGGCGGGUCGGGCAUCACGCCCGGGUACGCUUUGGUGGCGCGGAUCGCGCAGGCCGGCGGCGGCGACAUGACGGAGGUGCGCGCCGUCGACGCGAACCGCACCGAGGCGGACAUUCUGCUCCGUGAGGACCUCGAUCGGUUCGAGAGGCAGUCUGGCGGCAGGAUCAGGUUCACGCAUGUGCUCAGCCAUCCUGGCGAGGGGUGGCGGGGGGAGAAGGGGCGGGUGGAUGCGGCGAUUUUGAGGAAGUACCUGUUUCCGCCGGGGGAGGGCAAUGUGGUGUUUUUGUGUGGACCGCCCGGGCUGGUUCAGAAGGCGGCGUUGCCGGCGCUGAAAGAAUGGGGCUACGUGGAGGACGAGAAUAUGUUUGGAUUCUGA